AUGUCGGACAAGGAUUCAAAGAACUUUGCGAGGUCGACCUCACCAACUGCAUCGAUCGGCUAUGGGGUUGUUGAUUCUGAGAAAUCAAACGGGGUCGCUAACACACACAAAGACGACAUUGCCACAUAUUCGACCGAUCGAGCUGCCGAGUCGAGGUUACGUUUGAAAAUCGACUUGUGUAUUAUUCCACCUGUCACUCUGCUCUAUCUUUUCUGUUUCAUUGACAGAGCCAACAUUGGAAAUGCAAAAAUCGCCGGACUCGAUAAAGAUUUGGGCCUUCGUGGCUACGAUUAUAACAUCAUUCUCACGUCGUUCUACAUCUCUUACGUUCUUUUUGAGAUACCCUCCAAUAUGGCCUGUAAAUGGAUCGGUCCAGGCUGGUACAUCCCAGGACUGACUCUUGCCUUUGGACUGAUUUCACUGUGCACUGCGUUUGUCAAUAACAGGGCUCAAGCUUGCGGGGUUCGGUUUCUUCUUGGUGUCUUUGAAGCCGGAAUGAUGCCAGGUGUUGCCUACUAUAUGUCGCGAUGGUACAGAAGAAGCGAGUUGGCAUUCCGCCUCUCUUUCUACAUUGCCAUGGGUCCAGUUGGGGGCGCUUUCGGGGGGCUCCUCGCUUCAGGAAUCUUCAAACUAGACCGAUUCGGUAGUCUUCAUGAUUGGAGAAUGUUGUUCGCGAUUGAAGGAAUCAUCACAAUCGGUUUGGCGUUAAUCGGCUUCUUCACCAUGACUGACCGACCCGAAACUGCACGAUGGCUCUCUCCAGCAGAGAAGGAGCUCGCAGUGAGGAGAAUCAUGUCAGAACGCAUCGGUACAACUGAAGUCCUAGACAAAAUGGACCGUCAAAAGACAUUACGAGGAAUCUUUAACCCUACCGUACUUGCCACUGGCUUCAUCUUCCUAUUGACCAACAUCACCGUCCAAGGCCUCGGCUUUUUCCUACCAACCAUCAUCCGAACCAUCUACCCAAAGAGCACACUCAUCUCUCAGCAGCUGCAUACCGUACCACCAUACGCCGUCGGCACCUUCUUCACCAUCGCAAUACCACUUCUCAGCUGGCGAUACGAUAACCGCAACGCCUUCAUAAUGCUCAGCGCACCGCUUGUCAUAGCAGGCUACAUCAUGUUCCUCGCAACCAACAACGCCCAAGUCCGCUACGGCGCAACCUUCCUCAUCGCCAGCGGCGCCUUUGCAAACGGUGCCUUGUGCAAUGCUCAAGUAUCCGCGAACGUCAUAUCCGACACCGCAAGAUCGUCUGCAAUUGGUAUCACUGUCAUGAUGGGCAACCUUGGAGGUCUCAUCGCCACAUGGUCUUUCUUGCUGUUUGAUGGUCCGGAUUACCAUAUUGGCAAUGGACUCAAUCUAGCUACGUCGACGACUAUUCUUUUCACGUCGCUACUGUUGACUCUGUGGAUGGUGAGGGAUAAUAAGAAGCGGGAGAGGAUUGAUGCGGAGGAGAAGCUGAGGGGUCUAAGUCAGAAGCAGGUGCAGGAUCUUGAUUGGCGUCAUCCUGAUUUCAGAUGGAAGCCUUGA